UCUCUUUAUUGGUGUCCCAGAAGUUGCAACUCCGAAGCUCACAAUAUUGCGAAAGGGGCAUUGCGUUCACAGCAAGGCGAUCUUCACUGGUCUAUUUGGUCUGGUUGGCUGGUUGCAGUUCUUAAGGCUGAAGCCUCCUCUCUUUCUCCUUAGUCUUCUUUGUAGGCUUUGUAGCCGGCAAAAAAAAAAAAAAAAAAAAAAAAAAAAAAUCUAGUGUCAAAGUUGAAGAACUUGGUGAGCUCACUCAUACUCUACUGAGCCCACUCAGUUUUGGCUCCAAUAAUCGAGUAGAACCAUCAACCAUGGCCAUGCACUCCUCAAUACUGCUUUUGAUUCUUUUAGCCUUUUUACUAUCUGGGUCCCAAACCAUCACUUGCACUGCACUCUCGAUCAAAGAAGCCACCGUGCGUGACAUCCAACUCGCUUUCAAGCUCAACCAACUCACCUCGAGGCAACUCGUUGAGUUCUACCUCGGGGAGGUUCGCCGACUCAACCGGGAUCUUAGAGGAGUCAUAGAGGUGAACCCUGACGCGCUACACCAAGCGGAUGUGGCUGACCAAGAGCGGAAGGCUAAGGCGCCAAGGUCACUCUUUGGGUUACAUGGCAUUCCUAUUCUUCUCAAGGAUAAUAUUGCAACCAAGGAUAACCUUAACACCACUGCCGGAUCUUUCGCUUUGCUAAAAUCGGUUGUCCCUCGGGACGCCGGUGUAGUCAUGAAGCUGAGGAAAACAGGGGCUAUCAUAUUUGGGAAGGCAAGCUUGAGCGAAUGGGCUAAUUUUAGGUCAUUUGGUGCACCUAAUGGUUGGAGCGCUAGAGGCGGACAAGGAAAGAAUCCUUAUGUUCUGUCAGCAGAUCCAUGUGGCUCGAGUAGCGGUUCAGCAAUAUCAGUAGCAGCAAAUAUGGUGGCAGUGUCGCUGGGAACUGAGACUGAUGGGUCGAUCUUAUGUCCGGCUAGUUCCAAUGCAGUAGUUGGCAUCAAAUGCACAGUUGGUCUUACAAGCCGGGCUGGAGUCAUCCCAAUAUCUCCAAGACAGGACACCAUAGGGCCCAUAUGUAGGACAGUAUCAGAUGCUGUUUAUGUCCUUGAUGCCAUUGUAGGCCAUGACUAUAACGAUGCUGCAACAAAAGAAGCAUCAAAAUACAUCCCGCCUGGCGGCUAUACACAAUUUCUCAAGGUUGAUGGACUCAAAGGGAAGAGAUUGGGAAUAGUAAGGAAUCCAUUCUUCAUUUUUGACAAUGGAUCAGUCCUGCCUCAAGUUUUCGAGCACCAUUUACACACACUAAGGGGAAGAGGUGCUAUUUUGGUAGACCAUUUGGAAAUAGCCAACAUUGAUGUGAUCUUGAAUUUCACUUCUAGUGGGGAAGCCACAGCAUUGAUAGCUGAAUUCAAAAUAGCCUUGAAUGCUUACCUAAAAGACUUGAUGGCUUCACCAGUGCAAUCCUUGGCAGACGUGAUAGCAUUCAACCAGAAAUUCUCUGAUUUGGAAAUGAUCAAAGAAUUUGGACAAGAAAUCUUUUUGGCGGCUGAAGCGACAAAUGGGAUUGGGAAUGCUGAAAAGGCAGCAUUGCUAAACUUGAAGGGACUAACAGAGGGUGGAUUCGAGAAAGUGAUGAGAAAUUACAAGCUGGACGCGUUGGUGACUCCCGGUGCAGAUUUUGCCCCGGUUCUUGCAAUCGGAGGAUUUCCAGGAAUUAGUGUUCCUGCUGCAUUUGACAACGAUGGGGUGCCAGUGGGCAUCUGUUUUGGAGGAUUGAAGGGUUCGGAGCCUAAACUAAUUGAGAUUGCAUAUGGUUUCGAGCAAGCUACUAAGAUCAGAAAGCCACCUUUAUUUCAACCUUCAAGUUUCAAAUCCUGUACUACUUGUACCAUCAAUGAUCUUGUGGUGAUCAAACAUUAAUGUGACACUUGCAGCACAAAAAAAAUGUGUUUUUCUUUAGGGGAUAAAUUAACACACAAUUAGGGAUGGCAA